GCCUUUUUUUUCCCACAUCAGAAAUGUUUUAUAUCUACUCUAUCGUUGGGUGGUAGUCACUGGCCACCUAUACCUGUUGAGCUUAAAAUCUAGCUAGUGUGACCAAAGACCUGAAUUUUUAACUUCAGUGAAUUCUAACAUAUGCCAAGUGGCUACCAUAUUGGACAGCACAGCUCCGGAGACAUAGAGCUAGACUGAGUGAGAGACCAUGAAGGACACGGAGGGAGUGUGUGUGGAAAACUGGGCAAGAGUCUCAUUUGGGUGAGAAGAGACCAAGAACGAUUCAAGAUGGCGGCAUGUGAUCCGAGGGAACCGCCCAAUCAAAACUGAGAUGGCCCAUCAGCUGUAUGUCCUGCAAGUCCUGACCUUUAACCUUCUGGAAGAAAGGAUGAUGACCAAGAUGGACCCCAAUGACCAGGCUCAAAGAGACAUUAUAUUUGAACUGAGAAGGAUCGCAUUUGAUGCAGAGUCUGACCCUAGCAAUGUCCCCGGGAGUGGGACUGAGAAGCGCAAAGCCAUGUAUACCAAGGACUACAAAAUGCUGGGAUUUACUAACCAUAUCAACCCAGCGAUGGACUUUACCCAGACUCCUCCUGGAAUGCUGGCCUUGGACAACAUGCUGUACUUGGCUAAAGUCCAUCAGGACACCUACAUCCGGAUCGUCUUGGAGAACAGUAGCCGGGAGGACAAACACGAGUGCCCCUUCGGCCGCAGUGCCAUCGAGCUCACCAAAAUGCUCUGUGAAAUCCUGCAGGUUGGGGAGCUGCCCAACGAGGGCCGCAACGACUACCACCCGAUGUUCUUUACCCAUGACCGCGCGUUUGAGGAGCUCUUCGGGAUCUGCAUCCAGCUGCUGAACAAGACCUGGAAGGAGAUGAGGGCGACAGCCGAGGACUUCAACAAGGUCAUGCAGGUGGUCCGAGAGCAGAUCACUCGAGCUUUGCCCUCCAAACCCAGCUCUUUGGAUCAGUUCAAGAGCAAACUGCGUAGCCUGAGCUACUCUGAGAUCCUGCGACUGCGCCAAUCCGAGCGGAUGAGUCAGGAUGACUUCCAGUCCCCGCCAAUCGUGGAGCUGAGGGAGAAGAUCCAGCCUGAGAUCCUGGAGCUGAUCAAGCAGCAGCGGCUGAACCGGCUCUGUGAGGGCAGCAGCUUCCGGAAGAUUGGGAACCGUCGGAGGCAAGAACGUUUCUGGUACUGCCGCUUGGCACUGAACCACAAAGUCCUGCACUAUGGUGACUUGGAUGACAACCCUCAAGGGGAGGUGACGUUUGAAUCCCUGCAGGAGAAAAUUCCUGUUGCAGACAUUAAGGCCAUCGUCACUGGGAAGGAUUGCCCCCACAUGAAAGAGAAGAGCGCUCUGAAACAGAACAAGGAGGUGUUGGAGUUGGCGUUCUCCAUCCUGUAUGACCCUGAUGAGACCUUAAACUUCAUCGCACCUAACAAGUAUGAGUACUGCAUCUGGAUCGACGGCCUCAGUGCCCUUCUGGGGAAGGACAUGUCCAGCGAGCUGACCAAGAGUGACCUGGACACCCUGCUGAGCAUGGAGAUGAAGCUGCGGCUCCUGGAUCUGGAGAACAUCCAGAUUCCUGAAGCCCCGCCGCCAGUGCCCAAGGAGCCCAGCAGCUAUGACUUUGUCUAUCACUAUGGCUGAGCCUGGAGCCAGACUCCACGGUAGCCAGGAAGGGAUUUGGGGCCCAGGAGAAACACCCAGACUGGUGCCUUGUCUUUUGCUUGUACAGAAUCUGUAGUGACCACGGUGGCCAGUGAAUGCCAGCCAUUCCUCAGACUCCCCUCAGACCACCCAGAGCUUCUUCUUGGUCCCUGCCCACCAUAAGUCACGAAGGCAGGGUGCUCGGCCCUCGCUGUCACCGCGGAGCCCGGGAUCGGAGCGUGAGGAAUGAAUAGCAGACGCCCUUGUCUUCCAGGCCAGGGACUGCUUGGGCUGGAGUUAACAAGAGUCACUCACCUUUUCUUCCUGAGCCUGCUCUCGGGUCAGCUGGAUCCCGUGUGGGCAAGAGCUAGCCCAGCAAAGGCUGCCCGCAGAGGACAGACGUUCUAGGUGUGUUGAGAGCCUCAGAGAGACUGCCUUUGGGUGACCCAUGCCUGUGUCUCAGAUCCAAGCAGAGGCCUUGGCCUUUACUUGGUAGAUGCCUUGCCCUUGCUUUCGUCGCCUUCGUGAGGGCUCACUCUGGCCUCAUUCAGUGCCAGUAAGCUGCUGCUACUGAGGCUCGGCUCUAACAUCUCUGGUCUCCGGAGCCACCAGAUCUCUCUUGCCCACACAGUUGUCUGGGCGGAUGGAAAGUUCUCCCUACCAAGCUCUCAGGCUCUCAUCCUGGCAAGUCAAAGACAUGCGAGCUAAGUCCUACCCUCUAGUCUCAAAGAACUCUGCAGGGAGAGCCCAGACAAGGCCUGGGCCGAGACUGGUGAGGCCACUGGAGUCCACUCCCUUCCUCCCCCCCCCCACCAUUUUUAUCUUUUCCUUCCUUAGAGAGAAAUCUCCCGCCUAACCUGAAUGGCAGCCCCCUCCUCUUUGCUUUCCUUUGGCCUCCCCGACCUCAGGAAGUUUGGCCUUCCCUUCGCCCUCCCAUCCCAGUGCUGUGGUUUCUGCCACUGGCCAUGAUUUCAGGGAGCUAGCUGAGGCCACGGCUGUGCCCACGGGCUUCCCUGGUGCUGCGGCACAUGUAAACCACGCGCCCAGCCUCCCUCCUUGGACAUGUGAACACAGCGGCAUUCAGUCUUGGUAGGCCGGCAUGGUAGGUACUGCCCGAUGAAGAGUGUACUAUAUAUUUUCUUUACUAGAGGCCAUACUUAUACAGACGUGUAUAUAUAUUUAUAUAAGAUCUACCUAUCCUAGGACAGAAUGUUUGAGGGAAAAUAAAAUUGGAGGCUCUCCCUAAAACAAAAAAAAGAAAAAUACCACUUCCAGUUGUGAGCCAAGAGAGUAACCGAGAGCAGCCAGGAGCUUCCCAUCAGUAACCAUGUUUUCAAUAAAUACUCUUUCAUGUA